AUGGGUGCUUUUCCCUUGGCAGGUAAAAGGGCUGAAGAAGAGCGUGGGGGUGAGGAGGCGGUGGGAGAGAGGGAGUCGGCUGAGAAGCGAAGCCCUGAGGUGCAAGUUGAGCGGGCCUACCCUCUUGCCAUGGAUGGACACACAGAGUGUGACAAAGCUGAAGAUGUUGUGGGCUGCCAUGUUGAAGAUGCUAUAACAUUUUGGGCACAGAAUGUCAGUAGAUCAAAUGACCUCUUGAGUUUGACUUACGCGCUGUCAGAAGCUUGUCCUCGGGCUAAUGCAGUGUUUGGUAAACUUGAUUUCAGUAAGAUUUAUGCUGCCUGUUUUUCCGAAGAUAAAUGUUGGUACAGGUGCAUGGUACAGCAAGUGAUCAACCAUGAAAAGUGUCAGGUAUUAUACAUUGACUUUGGAAAUUCUGAGGUUCUGAAUAGAUCAGACAUAGUUGAAAUUCCACCAAACUUGCAGUGUCCAAGUGUUGCUCAGAAGUACAGGCUCUGGGGACUGCGGUUGUCAACUGAUGAGAACUUAAAUAUGUUUGACCAGGGGAAGAAAUUCUUGAGCAGCCUAGUUUUUGAAAAAGAAAUAAAAAUACAUCGCAAAGCCAAGCAUGAAGAUGGUACCAUUAUUGUCCAGGCAGAAUAUGAAAAAACAGAUAUUGGAGAAGAGGUGGCCAAGGCAGGGUUUGCUGAAAGGUGCACAAUUCCAGGGAACACUACAGACACAGAAUACAGGAAAGCAGACAUCAUGCAAAACCAACAUCAGAAAUUAAAAGUUCCAGUUCCACUGUGGGUUAACAGGCCCGAUCGUGUGCUGAACAGCGCUUCAAAAGGACGCUUUGACCAUGUAGCUGCCAGCUCCAAGAAUCAGUAUUUUACUGGAAACCGUGUGUUUGGCCCAAAGGAAAAAUUGCCAGCUCAUGCCUCAGUGUCGGACACUAGCUUGGCACAAAUAAGGCCAGGUCAGAAGCUCUCUGAAGAUAAAGAAAAUUUCAGAAGGGAGAAUAUAAAUCUCUUGCAGAGGCAGAAGGAUCUAGAACUGAAAGUUCAACAGCUGAAACAUGAACUUCAGAGGGAGAAAGAAGCAUCCAGAAAAACUGUUGAAAGUUAUGAGGAAACCUUACGUACUUUCAUUGGAAUGAAAAUGAAGAGUCUGGCUGCUAAGAUGAAGGCAUUGAAAGAAGCUAGGCAUUCAAACAAGAGCAGUCGUUUUGAGGAGCAGCUCUCACAAGCCAUAGAAGUGGUUACAGAGGGAUGUCUCACUGCUCCCUGUUCCUUGGAAAAGUUGCAGAAGAUUUGGUCAGCGUAUGACUUAGCUCAAGAGAGGAUUCAGUUAUGCACAAACGUGGCUGAAAGAGAUGAAUUGAUCAGCAGCAGAGAUGAGUUGCAGCGAAAUUUGUAUUCAGCAGCAGAAGAAUUAAUUUUGGAAGUAGAUCAACUGCCCCUGACUGAGCGCUCAAGGACAUUACAGGAACUGUCUACUUCUUUGGAGAUGGUGUAUGGUCAAGGUUCUGAAGCAGAUGACUCUGAGGAGGUAUUUCAACAGUUCUUUGAGUGGAGGAAUCUUAAAGUUAAGAAAUUAAUUUGUGUCAGAAAUGAAACAGACACAGCUCUGCAAACGCUUGCUGACUGGUUCAGUGGCACCUUAAAGUGUUUUGACCUGAUGUCUGAAUCAUCUUCAGAUUUAGAGGAAGUAGUUGGCAGUGCAGAUGAAAUUCUCCAAAAGGUUGAGUUGGCUAUUUGUGAGGAGCUGGAUACUGACUUAAAAGAGCAUGAUGAAGCAGACAAGGGAAUAAUUAUGAAUGUUUACAAUAAAAUUAUAAAUAAAGUUCAUCAGGAGCAAAGUAUGAUCACUGUCAUACAGAACAGGUAUUUGGCCAGUGUUGAGUUCAAACAGCAGGCUGAAGAAUGGCUGAAUAAAAGGCCUGAUAUUAGCAGCUUAUUAUCAAUUAAGAAAACUGUGAAAAAGUUAAAAGCCCAGUUAAGGUGGAAGCUGGUUGAAAAGAACAACUUUGAGGAAUCUGAUGAUUACAGUGAGUAUGAAAUGAAAGGAAUAAAAGAGGAAAUUGCUGAUCUGCGAAAUAGAGUUCUUCAAGAAAUAUCCAAGGAACAAGAAGAGUAUGAGAAGCUUGCUUUCUUGGUUCAGAAAUGGUUUCCAGAGUUACCACUCCUUUAUCCAGAAAUAGGAAUUUUAAACUAUAUGAACUCUGGUGGACUUCUGACAAGCAGCCUGGAUCGGGAACUUUUGGAUGCUGAGCCUGUGAAGAAGCUGAGCACAAAGCGGCCUUUGGUGUGUUCAGAAAUUGAGGGCCAGAAGGUUCUUUUAAAGGGGUACUCUGUAGAUGUAAACUCAGAAGUGAAAGUCAUAGAACGAGUUGCCAAGUAUCACAAAGUGUGGGAUCAGCAGAAGGAGAAGUCUGGAUUAUUACAACUGUUGUUUCUUCUUUUCUGCAAGUCGGAUCCUUUGGUGUAUGUAAUGGUCCCAUACUACCCAGGAGCAAGUCUGGGAGCUUUGCAGGCUGAUACUCCCUUAACUUUAGAAGAGGCCUUAAAAGUAAUGAAAGGAGUGGCCCAAGGUCUACAGGCAUUGCAUGGAGCUAAUGUAGUACAUGGAUCUCUUCAUGGAAAUAAUGUUUUUGCUGUGAAUCGAAAACAAGGAAUCGUUGGAGAUUUCGAUUUCACAAAAUCAGAGGAACAACGUGCUGCUGCAAACACUAUGGUUGUCAGUACCUUGAGCUUAGUUUCUCCUGAACUGAAAAUGGGACAGCCAGCUUCUCCAGCCUCUGACAUGUAUGCUUAUGGCUGCCUUCUCUUCUGGCUCUGCGCUCAGGACCAGGAGUUGGGCAUAAGAGAGGAUGGAACACCUGAUGUGAAUGUGGUUGUUAUGGAUGAUAAAGUUAAAUCUCUUCUUCUGAAUUUGUUCUGCUGUAACAGACUGACAGCUGAGCAGGUGCUUAGGGAUGAUUGCUUCCAGCUAGCUAAUGAAAUUCCAGUUUCACCACAACCAAGUGAAGAACAUGAAUCACAUGAAGAACAUGGUUCUGAGAAGACAAAUGAAAAAAAUAGUGAUUUACUGAGGAGAAUGGAGCAAACCCUACUUAACUGA